UUUUAGUUUAGUGGGCUUGCCCAAACAAAAAAGGCAGAGCAGAAAAAAAACCCUCAGCAGUUUAUCUUGCUGGUUAGGUGCUGAUUUCUCAGAGCUCUUUUCAUGUGGCUCUUUGCAGAUUCAGAUGUUUGUUCAAUGGAGCUGUUAGUCACCAUCAGAAGUGUAUUUUGCCUCUGCCUGCUUCAUCUGGCAGCUACUGACAGCAUUAAUCUCAAUAUACUGAAUUUAAACCACAGAGCAGGAGUGUGUCUGUCUGGCAUAGUGUUCAUUGGCUGCUCCUUCCAUGAUAAAUAUUUGAAACCUGACCAAUGGUGGCCACCACCCAAAUCCAAUCCUUCUCCACUACGUGAUCUCAAACUUCAACUUAUAUCUCUGAAUGGAGCUCCAGCAUCUCUUGCUCUCAACAUAACAUGGUCUAUAAACAUUGAUAGUAGCAUUCACAGUAUCAAUAGCACAUGGAUUGAAGUUAACACACUGGGGUACAGAUGUAUAUAUCAACCUCCAUUUACUUCAAAACAGAUCCACACUGGUGAUUUACAGCAGAUUUGGUUCAACUUCACAGCUACAGAUGUCAAUAUUGAACCCAGCAGCUCUUACCAUGUAGCUGCCUAUAAUCUUCCCCCUGCACCACCUCAAGAGCGACACAAAUACUCAAAGCAGGCAGAAGUACAAGUGCCUGGAUGUGAUAAUGAAAGGAUGAGGGAUCAUUCAACAUGUUUACAGAACAAACAGGACCUUUCUACCCAAAACAAUGAGCACUGGGAAAUUACUACAACCUGGAUGAAGGAUGGAAUACAAGUGAUCUUCGAUUCUCACUUGAACUCGGAGAAGUACGAGAUCAGACUGCGAAGAGGACUGUAUAUACUAAACUUUACUGAGGUGAAAGUGAAAGGAGACAUCGAGACGCUUACAAGACACGUGACGUAUUCAGGGCCAUGUGAAAAUCUUGAAAUAUGGAUAACACCGUUUUUUGAGUAUUGUGGAGUCACGUGCAAAUCAGUUUCUCGCAAAGUAGACUGUCAAGUUCCACCUACAGAUGCAGCAACAGAAGAGCCUAAGAAAAACGAAACUUCCAUCCUGCUGAUCAGCAUUGGGUGUGCAGUAGCUAUUACUUUGUUGUUUAUCUGCCAACUGAGAUGGUGGAAGAGAUCUGGCUAUUCCAGGGGUUUACUCGACUCUGGGGGAUCAGUGGGAGUGCUGGUGGUGUAUCCUGCAGUGGAUAGUGUGUUCCAGAAUGCUGUGAUGGCAAUAGCUGACUUCCUGCAAAGUCAUAAAGAGCUGAAUGUCAUCAUUGAUGUGUGGCAGAGAGGCAGUCUGGCAGAACAGGGCCCAUUGCGCUGGCUGAACUCACAAGUGGAUUGUGCUGAGAAAGUUCUCAUCGUCUUGCCACCUCAACACACCGAGUUCAGCACGGACACAGCCGCCUUAAAACCCAACAUGGGAAGCGUCGUAACUGAUUACACGGUCCCAGCGUCUGCAUGUGAACUUUUUUCACUGGCACUAACCCUGGUUGCCAGUUGUGCCCAUGAUCCCCAGCAGCACCAUAAGUUCUUGGUGGUGCACCUGAACCACGGUGGGCUCAGAAGUACAAUGCCAGUGGAGCUCAGAGGAUGCAAGACCCUUACUCUGCCCAGGGAUCUGGAGAAACUUCAUCAAAUUUCCUCUAGGAAAGAAGGAACAAUCUCAAGCUGCAGGUUUGAGUCAUACGGCUGUAAAGACAGAGCCAGGAAGGUCCGAGAUACCGUGCAGAUGUUGGACGAGUCGAAAUUGCUGAGUGAAGAUACUGAGUCGAAGUCUAGAUCGUAGACUAUGAUAAAGUCUAGUUUAACUGCCUUACCUUUCUGUUACUUUUCCUAAGAGUAUACAUUCAAGAAAAUUCUUGAAACAAUUUGAAUUCACAAAAAAACCUAUCAUGUAAUAUGACUGUAUAAAUGACAUUUUAUA